AUGGCCAGCGAACCGCCGCCGCCACCGCCGAUCCCCUCCACGGCCACCACCACCCUCGCCACCGCCGCCGACGGAACCACCACUACCAUAUCCUCGCUCGGCCAAGACCAGCUUCUCGACAUCUUCCUCCGCCUGCCCAACCUGCCGGACCUCGUCCGCGCCGCGCUCACCUGCCGCUCCUGGAUCGGCGCCGUCCGCUCCUCCCCGUCCUUCCGCCGGCAAUUCCGCGCCCUCCACCCGGCGCCACUCCUCGGGAUCUUCCUCGGAGUCGACGACGGCACCGCCCCCUCCUUCGCUCCCCUGCGCCGAUCGGAUCCCGUCGUCACCGCCGCCCUCCACCACGGCGACUUCUUCCUCACCUCCCUCCCGCUGGACGACGCCUGGACCGUCACGGACUGCCGCGACGGUUACGUCCUCCUGUGGAACAAGUGCUGGGCCGUGGCUGCGGUGAACCCCAUGACCUGGGCUGUCGACGUCAUCUCUUUCCCGGACGACAUGGCGGAUGGGAGUCUCCGCGAUUUCGGCUUCCUUGGUUUCCACCUGCUGACUUCCGACGAGAAUCCCCGGUCGUUCCGUGUGGUCUGCCUCUGCGCCGACGUGUCUAGGGUUCGUGCCGCCGUUUUCUCGUCCGAGACCUCGGAUUGGGCCGUCCACCCGUGGGUGGAGAUCGGUGGUGACAACAGCCUCAAGUAUGGUGCAGGCACGCUGGUGGAUGGUUCAGUUUACUGGCCUUUCUAUGGCGAAGGACGCAUUAUCAGGAUCAACACAACCACCAUGGAUGUCUCCUCUGUGGAUCUACCUUCGCAGGCAAUUGAUUACUGGCAAGACGACUUCGUGGUUGGGGAUACCAAGGAUGGAGAACUCUGCAUGGUCUAUGCAUCUGAUGAUUUUCUCCUCCAUGUUUGGAUCCGUAGUGUGGACGGCGAUGGAAUUGUGACUUGGGCGCGGCAGAACAUAAUCUCUUUCAGUGCACAAAUUGAUCAGGUCACUCGGGGCUUUUUUCUACCAGUGGAGGGCCAAGUCAGAGUUGUGCAAAUGAGGUCCGGAUGUGUCUACUUGUCCAUGACACGCAUAACCCUUGCUGGCACACAGCGCACCUGGUUCUUCUACCUUUCAUUGGAGACCAUGGAGAUCGAGUUACUAAUCCAUGGCACAUUUGAUGACUGUGCCUUUCCGUAUCAUAUGGCCUGGCCUCCUUGUUUGAUUGCUUAUGAUGGGUGCAAAACACAUGAAGUUGAAGCUUCUCCCUAA